AUGAGCUUGACCCUGACUCGCGUUUGCUGCUGCUGCUGCCUCCUUUACCAGCUGGGGGUCUUGUGCCACGGGAUGGUUGCAGGGCUCCAGUUCACCCCCGACCACGAGGAGUGGGAAGUCGUGUUUCCCGCUUUCUGGCGCCGGGAACCGGUGGAUUCUGCUGCGGGAGGCAGCGGGGCCAGCGCUGACCCAGGCGGUGCUCGCGGCUUUGGGGGUGGCCGGACGCAAGUGGCUGGCAGCUCCCGGGAGGUGCGCUCAGUGGCUUCAGCUCCGCUGCAGGAGCCUGCAGAGAAGCAGGCAAAGGAGCCCCAGCCUGGGUCCCCGCCGCCCCUGGGAAUUGAGGAGGAUGAGGAGCUGGAGUCGCAGGAGCUGCCUCGGGCAUCCAGUGGGGCGUGUACCCCGAAUUUAGGUGUCCAGGCCUCUUGGCCGCCCCCACCAGCCCCGCAGCCCCCUCCACCCCCACCCCCUGCCGAGCAAGCCAAGCUGGAAGGCGAGGAGGUGCUGUUGCGGAUCCCAGCUUUCUCCCGGGACCUCUACCUGCUGCUCCGGAGAGACGGCCGCUUCCUCGCGCCACGCUUCCAGGUGGAACAGUGGCCGGUUCCCCGCCCCAGCCCCUCACCGUCUGCAGCCGGCCCACAGCUGCAUGCACCCGCCAAUGCAUCCUGUUUCUACACUGGCACUGUGCUGCAGCACCCUGGUUCCCUGGUCUCUUUCAGCACGUGUGGAGGUGGUCUGAUGGGGUUUAUACAGCUCAAUGAGGACUUCAUCUUUAUCGAACCUCUCAAUGAUACAGUAGCCAUCACAGGUCACCCUCACCGCGUCUAUAGGCAGAAAAGGUCCACAGAAGAGCAAAACAGAGGGAAGUCAUCUCAUUACUGUGGAGUGAUUCCAGAUAAAGGAAAACCUCGACUGAAAAAUAUAGCUGAGAGUGGGAGAGGGAAACGACACUUAUACAAAUUGUCUCAGGAAUACAACAUAGAAACUGUAGUAGUUGCAGACCCGGCAAUGGUUUCCUAUCAUGGAGCAGAUGCUGCCCGGAGAUUCAUUCUGACCGUCUUAAAUAUGGUCUUUAACCUUUUCCAACACAAGAGUCUGGGUGUCCAGGUCAAUCUCCGUGUGAUAAAGCUUAUUCUUCUCCAUGAAACACCAGCAGAUCUCUAUAUAGGUCAUCAUGGAGAGAAAAUGCUGGAGAGUUUUUGUAAGUGGCAACAUGAAGAAUUUGGCAAGAAGAAUGAUAUUCAUUUAGAGAUGUCCACCAGCUGGGGAGAAGAUCUGACUUCUGUGGAUGCAGCUAUACUUAUAACAAGGAAAGAUUUCUGUGUACACAAAGAUGAGCCUUGUGAUACUGUUGGUAUAGCUUAUUUGAGUGGGAUGUGUAGUGAAAAAAGAAAAUGUAUUAUUGCUGAAGACAAUGGCCUGAAUCUUGCAUUCACAAUUGCUCAUGAAAUGGGUCACAACAUGGGAAUUAAUCAUGACAAUGACCACCCGUCAUGUGCCGAUGGUCUGCACAUCAUGUCUGGCGAGUGGAUUAAAGGACAAAACCUCGGUGAUGUUUCCUGGUCCCGAUGUAGCAAGGAAGAUUUGGAAAGAUUUCUCAGGUCCAAGGCCAGUAAUUGCUUGCUGCGAACAAAUCCUCAGAGUGUUGAUUCUGUGAUGGUUCCUUCAAAGUUACCAGGAAUGACUUACACCGCUGAUGAACAGUGUCAGAUUCUUUUUGGGCCAAUGGCUUCCUUUUGUCAAGAGAUGCAGCAUGUGAUGUGCACUGGGUUGUGGUGCAAGGUAGAAGGCGAGAAGGAAUGCAAAACCAAAUUAGAUCCCCCAAUGGAUGGCACUGAUUGUGACACUGGUAAGUGGUGUAAGGCUGGAGAAUGUAGCAAGAAGACUUCAUCUCCUGAACAAGUGGCUGGAGAGUGGAGUAUGUGGAGCCCCUGUAGCCGGACCUGCAGUUCUGGGAUCAGCAGUCGAGAGCGCAAAUGUCCUGGGCUAGAUACUGAAGCCAGGGAUUGUAAUGGUCCCAGGAAACAGUACAGGAUAUGUGAGAAUCCACCUUGUCCUGCAGGUUUGCCUGGAUUCAGAGACUGGCAAUGUCAGGCUUAUAGUGUUAGAACUUCAUAUUCAAAAUCUGUACUUCAGUGGCAAGCUGUCAUGGAUGAAGAAAAACCAUGUGCCUUGUUUUGCUCUCCUGUUGGAAAAGAACAACCUAUACUUCUAUCAGAAAAGGUGAUGGAUGGAACUUCUUGUGGAUCUCAGAGAUCAGAUAUUUGUGCAAAUGGUCGGUGCCAGAAGGUUGGUUGUGAUGGUUUAUUAGGUUCUCUGGCAAGAGAAGACCACUGUGGAGUAUGCAAUGGCAAUGGAAAAUCAUGCAGAAUCAUUAAAGGAGAUUUUAAUCACACCAGAGGAGCAGGUUAUGUCGAGGUGUUGGUAAUACCUGCUGGAGCAAGAAGAAUCAAAGUUGUGGAGGAAAAGCCUGCACAUAGCUAUUUAGCUCUCCGAGACACAGGAAAACAGUCUAUCAAUAGUGAUUGGAAGAUCGAGCACUCUGGAGCAUUCAACUUAGCAGGGACCACUGUCCAUUAUGUAAGACGUGGCCUGUGGGAGAAGAUAUCUGCCAAAGGUCCCACCACAUCACCUUUACACCUUCUGGUGCUGCUGUUUCAAGACAACAGUUAUGGUCUGCACUAUGAAUACACGAUCCCAUCAGACCCUCUUCCAGAGAACCAGAGCUCUAAAUCUCCUGAACCCCUUUUCAUGUGGACACACUCUGGCUGGGAAGAUUGUGAUGCUACAUGUGGAGGAGGAGAAAGGAAAACAAGAGUGUCUUGCACAAAAAUCAUGAGCAAAAAUAUCAGCAUUGUGGACCAUAGAAAAUGCAAGUCCUUGACAAAACCAGAGCCACAGAUUAGAAGGUGCAAUGAGCAGCCCUGCCAAACCAGGUGGAUGAUGACAGAGUGGACUCCAUGCUCACGAACUUGUGGGAAAGGGAUGCAGAGCAGACAAGUGGCCUGCACCCAGCAGCUGAGCAAUGGGACGCUGACCCGGGCCCGUGAGCAGGAUUGCACAGGACACAAGCCGGCCUCAGCCCAACGCUGUGAGGGCCAGGACUGCAUGACUGUUUGGGAGGCAGGGGUGUGGUCCGAGUGCUCUGUCAAGUGUGGCAAAGGUGUUCGUCAUCGGACUGUGAGGUGCACAAACCCAAGAAAGAAAUGUGUCCUGUCAACCAGGCCCAGGGAGGCUGAGGACUGUGAAGACUACUCAAAAUGCUAUGUAUGGCGAAUGGGUGACUGGUCUAAGUGCUCAAUUACCUGUGGCAAAGGAAUGCAGUCCCGUGUUAUUCAGUGCAUGCAUAAAAUCACGGGAAGACAUGGAAAUGAAUGCUUUUCUUCAGAAAAACCCGCUGCCUACAGACCAUGCCACCUUCAGCCCUGCAAUGAGAAGAUUAAUGUCAAUACAAUAACAUCCCCCAGGCUGGCUGCUCUGACUUUCAAGUGCCUGGGAGAUCAGUGGCCUGUUUACUGUCGGGUGAUCCGGGAGAAGAACCUGUGUCAGGACAUGAGGUGGUAUCAACGCUGCUGUGAGACGUGCAGGGACUUCUAUGCCCAAAAGCUACAACAGAAGAGUUGACCGUGAGGAGGUCAGCUGGCUCACAGCUCUUUGCAAUUCCAUUAUUUAUAAAUACACACACUAGAAAGUUCUUCAGAUCAAAUAUUAUCAGGUUACAUGUAAUUUAAUCAAAUUAAUUUAUUAUUUUUUACCUUUCAAGCAUCCAGUAUAUGUUUGGAUCAUACA